CAUCACUUCCUGUAGCUUCCCCAGCUACAUUCUCCAUCGUCCCUUGAGCAGGGGAAGGAACGAUGUCAGGUGUUGGGGGAGGAAAACGUCCCUCAGGGGGGGACAGCCCCCCUUGCCCACCUGAGAAGAAAAGCAAGAAGGAGGAGAAGACCACCACCACACUCAUCGAGCCAAUUCGAAUAGCUGGGGUCUCUUCUACGGAGGAGAUGGACAUGAAGGUGAUCCAGUUCAAGAAUAAGAAACUAUGUGAGCGACUGGAGCAGAGACAAACCAUGGAGGACGAGUUACGAGAGAAAAUUGAGAAGCUGGAGAAGAGACAAGCCACCGAUGACACCACCCUGCUGAUUGUCAACCGCUACUGGUCACAGUUGGAAGAGAAUGUGCAGGUUCUACGCAAACUAAUUAAGCCAGAUGCUCCAGUGGCGUCUACCCCGCCCUCGGCACCUCUCCCUGAUCCCACACCAAUGGAGGAAGAUGGCGUCAAUCUGGUUUCACCAACCUCAGCAGUUCCUCCACCUCCCCUUCCAGAAGUUCAGGAUGACGGCGAGCAGGCAGAGAAACAGCAGGAGUGUCCAGAAGAGCGUCAGGUGGAGAAGCAGCCUCCUCUUCCUCCUGGGGGGUCAGAAGAGUUGAUGACAACGACAGAGCCGUCAAAGAACUCAACAAAAGAUGCGUCACCACCUCCUCCUCCAUUAAGUGAUAAUGUCAAGGGCUUCCUGACCACGCUGGAGCACAGCAGCGAGGAAGAGCUCACCCUGCACCUCCAGGACCGCAUGCAGUUCAGCAAGGAAGCGAUUGCCUGCCUGGUCUGUGUCUUCGACAGGCUGCACAGUCGAAUUGACAGUAUGUGCAAGCAAGUCCAAGCUUCAGCAUGUGAGGACAGUAGCCAGUCUGACAUCAUCAAUGCUAGCCACACUCUGCUGGAUGAGAACAUUCGACUGAGGGACCUGGCCACUCUCCUGCAGGGUCGUCACCACAAGAUGUCUAUGGAGUACAAUGAGUUGGUGGACAAGGUGACCAGCUCCGAGACCAAGGUGUCUGAGAUGGAGACGACAGUGGAGGACCUGCAGUGGGACAUUGAGAAACUCCGCAACAGGGAACAAAAGCUCAACAAACACCUUGCAGAGGCCAUGGAACAGCUGAAGUCUGGAUACAGCAGCACUGGUAGCUCAGGCGGGCUUCCUGGAGGUCAGAUUACUCUGAAUAUUCAGAAGUUUGAGAGUCUCAAUGCAGAGUUGGAGCACAACCAGGAGUUAGCAAACAGCCGCAUGGCAGAGUUGGAGAAACUGCAGGCGGAGCUCCAGGAGGCUGUGAGAGAGAGCGAGAAGCUCAAGAUUGAUUUGCGCAACAUUCCAGAAGAGGUUGUGAAGGAGACUAUAGAGUAUAAAUGUCUGCAGUCUCAGUUCUCCGUGCUGUACAAUGAGUCGCUCGGGGUCAAAACCCAGCUGGAUGAAGCACGGGCACUCCUGCUCACCGCGAAGAACGCCCACCUCCGACAGAUUGAGCACAUGGAGAGUGAUGAGCUGUCCCUUCAAAAGAAACUACGUACUGAGGUCAUCCAGCUGGAGGAUACCUUGGCUCAGGUGCGCAAAGAGUAUGAGAUGCUGCGCAUCGAGUUCGAGCAGAACCUGGCAGCCAACGAGCAAGCAGGUCCAAUCAACAGGGAGAUGCGACACUUAAUCAGCAGCCUUCAGAACCACAACCUCCAGUUGAAAGGGGACGUGCAGCGUUAUAAGAGGAAGUUGCGGGAAACACAGAUGGAGAUCAAUAAGUUGCGUUGUCAGAGCGGCGACACGGCGGUUCUGAUUCUCGAGGAGACAACGAGUGACAGCGUCGACUUGAAGAAAGAUGACGAUGAGGACCACGAGGAGGAGGAGGAGGAGAGGAGGAAGGAGCUUGAGAGACAGCGGGCCAGGGAGCGGGAGAGGGAGGCUGAGCGAGAACGAGAGAGGGAGCGUGAGAGAGAGAGGCAGCGCAGCGACGAGCUGAAGAGAAAAGACUCAGACACACUGAAGAUGCUCAGAAUAGAACUCAAAAAAGCCCAGGAGUCCCAGAAAGAGAUGAAGCUCUUGUUGGACAUGUACAAGUCAGCUCCCAAGGAGCAGAGGGACAAAGUGCAGCUCAUGGCAGCUGAACGCAAAUCUAAAGCUGAGGUGGACGAGCUGAGGAUGAGGGUACGAGAGCUGGAGGAGAGGGAAAGGAAGGAAAGCAAGAAGCUGGCCGAUGAAGAUGCCCUCAGGAAGAUCCGAGUCGCAGAAGAGACCAUUGAGCAUCUGCAGAAGAAACUUGCCGCAACUAAGCAGGAGGAGGAAGCCCUGCUGAGUGAGAUGGACGUAACGGGCCAGGCCUUCGAGGACAUGCAGGAGCAGAACAGCCGACUGCUGCAGCAGUUGAGAGAAAAGGACGACGCCAAUUUCAAGCUGAUGAGCGAGCGGAUCAAAUCGAACCAGAUCUACAAGCUGCUGAAAGAGGAGAAAGAGGAGUUGGCGGACCAAGUCCUCCGAUUCAAAACCCAGGUGGACGCUCAGCUGCUGGUUGUGCAGAAGCUAGAGGAGAAAGAGGGCGUCCUCCAGUGCACGCUGGCCGCUCUGGAAAAAGAGCUGGCUGUCCGGACGCAAGGACUAGAGCUCAACAAGAGGAAGGCGGUGGAGGCUGCCCAACUGGCAGAAGACCUGAAGGUGCAGCUGGAGCACACGCAGGCCAAGCUGAAGGAGAUCCAUGUCUCUGUGGCAGAGAACCGCACGGCCCGAGAGAGGGAGAGCAGCAACCUGAAGCGAGCACAGGAGGAUCUGUCCCGGCUGAGGCGGAAGCUGGAGAAGCAGAAGAAGGUGGAGGUUUACUCUGACGCUGAUGAGAUCCUGCAGGAGGAGAUCAACCAGUACAAGGCCAAGCUGCGCUGCCCCUGCUGCAACACCCGAGACAAGGAGACGGUGCUCACCAAGUGUUUCCACGUCUUCUGCUACGAAUGUCUGAAGAUGCGUUACGACACCCGGCAGAGGAAGUGCCCCAAGUGCAACUGUGCCUUCGGAGCCAACGACUUCCACCGCAUCUACAUUACCUAACUCACGUGGAGACGGAGGAAACGGCAGAGAGAGAGAAAAAACAACAACCAAAGGAGAGAAGAGAAUAGAGACACAAGAACUGGAGAUUUAUCUAAAGAUGGGAGACGUUUUUUAGGUGGGGGGGAGGGGGGGGGGGGGUAUUGAGAUGAGUUUGUUUACCUGUUUUAAUCUCUCUUUGGAAAGACUUUUACUGCGUCAUUACCAGUCGCUGAUUAAUGUGGUGACCAAACAGUGACACAUCUUACUGAGAAUUGUGCUGUAGCUAAUAAACACAGUUGUUUGUGCAAACCGU